AUGAAAGCCGUCCAGAUCCUAGGAGAACCAUCCUCCCCCACCGUCGCCACAAACAAUGAAAUAACCAAACCCGUCCCCAAAGAUGCGGAGAUCCUGAUCAAGGUCCACGCCGCUGGUAUAACCGGCGACGAAAUAACCUGGCCUGAACCAUACAACCGGGCAACCAGGAUCCCAGGCCACGACAUUUCAGGCAUUGUCUCUGAACUCGGCCCAAACUAUAACGGUCCACUCAAAGUCGGCCACGAGAUUUUUGCAAUGAUCUCAGCGGAUCGGGGCGAGGGCCAAGCUGAAUAUGCGAUCUGUACGGGCAAUGAGGUAGCCCUGAAGCCGAAAUCGAUAUCGCACGCAGAAGCGGCUGCGCUACCAAUUCCACUUCUGACUGCGUAUGAGGCACUAUUGGAUCAUGGCGGGAUCAAGUCAGGCAUGAGGGUCUUCAUCACGGGUGCGUCUGGUUCGGUGGGCAUUUUGGCGGUGCAGAUUGCCAAGUGGAAAUUUGGGGCUCAUGUUGUUGGUCUGGCUUCGGCUCAACACCAUGAGACUUUGAGAAAGAUGGGUGCGGAUGAGGUAUUCGAUUACAAGAUUGAGGGGUGGGAGACACAGUUUGAUAAGGUGGGUCUUGUUUUCGAUACGGUUGGAGGGAAAGUGUUGGAGAAGUGUUGGAAGGUUGUUGAGGAUAAUGGUACUCUGAUCACAAUUGGAGAUCCUGCGCCAUCAUGGGCUUUUGGACAGGGCGUUGCUCCCGAGGCGGUUGAUCAUCCUGGUGUCCGGUAUAAGCAUUUUAUCCUUUCGCCGGAGUCUGAGAGACUUAGUCAACUGGGUGAGAUGAUUGAUGGUGGAUUAGUGAAGCCCUUGAAGGUUGAGGUAUUUCCCUUUGAUGACUCCGUCAAGGCAUGGGCGUAUGCUCGACAGCGAGGUCGUGGAAACAAGGCUGUGAUCAGCUUUGUAUGA